AAUCACAAUUGCGGUGGCUCUUCGCUGCUUUUCACUCAUCCCUGCCUCUUUUUUUCUUUCCCCCGGGGCUCUUCCAACGACUUGCCUGUCUUGUCCUCUGUGCGCGUGUCCGUACAUCUUUUCGCUACUGUUUUCUGUUGUCUGGCGUGUGUUUCACCCCCUAGUGAUUGCUGCAAGGCUCCUCCUGCGAUCUGCAAAAGGGAGACCUUCCCUGCAAUCGAGGCUCUGCUCCCCAGCGUCCUUGCUGGCAACCGGGAAUUGAGCAAAAGGGAACCUUGGCCGAGCGCAAACCACACAAGGUGAGCAACGUUUCCUCCGCCUCUCCUGCCAGUACCUGCAGCUUCGGGUUAUUGAGGUUGAUGCGGGUCCGUGGCUCCGUCCAGCGCUGUGGCUGAUUUCAAAUAAGGAUCCAUCGGAAGCACAUUUACAGAUCUGCCAAGUUUGAGGGAAGAAAUAGCUGUUCUCUUAUUCUGUUCUUCUAAAGAAUGAUGUAAAUGCAGAACUUGUAGCCAAGUACAACAUGGGCGCUAACACCUCUAGCAAGUCACCAAUAUACGAUGAGAAUGAAGAUGUUACCUUUGAUCAUUUUGAAAUUCUCAGAGCCAUUGGAAAAGGCAGCUUUGGAAAGGUAUGCAUUGUUCAGAAGAAAGAUACCAAGAAAAUGUACGCAAUGAAGUACAUGAAUAAACAAAAAUGUGUGGAACGGAAUGAAGUGCGAAAUGUCUUCAAAGAGUUACAGAUCAUGCAGGGACUGGAACAUCCUUUCCUUGUGAACUUGUGGUACUCAUUCCAGGAUGAAGAAGACAUGUUUAUGGUGGUGGAUCUGCUUCUUGGAGGAGAUUUACGUUACCACCUGCAACAAAACGUCCGUUUUGAAGAGGAGACUGUGAAACUAUUCAUCUGUGAGCUAGCACUGGCAUUGGAUUAUCUCCAAAGCAGGAAUAUCAUCCACAGAGACAUAAAGCCUGAUAACGUCUUGCUGGAUGAAGAGGGGCAUGUUCAUGUAACAGAUUUCAAUAUUGCUACAGUGAUAACUAAAGAUACACAGGUUACCAACAUUGCUGGCACAAAACCAUAUAUGGCACCUGAGAUGUUCACUGCUACAAAAACUUCAGGUUAUUCCUAUGCUGUUGAUUGGUGGUCAUUAGGAAUUACAGCCUAUGAACUCCUCAGAGGCCGGAGACCAUACCACAUUCGCUCUAGUAAUUCUGCCAAUGAAAUUUUGCAUGUGUACAAGACGGCCACCAUCAUGUAUCCUGCUGCUUGGUCACAGGAUAUGAUCGCAUUGAUUAAAAAGUUAGUGGAAAUAAAUUCAGAGGAAAGAUUUUAUCAACUGAGUCAUCUCCAGGAGUAUCCAUACAUGGCUGAUAUCAACUGGGAUGCUGUUUUACAGAAGACAGUAUUGCCUGGAUUUCUUCCUAAUAAAGGGAAGUUAAACUGUGACCCAACCUUUGAACUUGAAGAAAUGAUCCUGGAGUCAAAGCCACUUCAUAAAAAGAAGAAGCGCUUGGCUAAGAAGGAGAAGGAAAGCAACAAAAAUGAAUCCUCAGAGGCCUGCCAGCUGCAGAAAAACCUGGAGUCAAUACAAAGGGACUUCAUGAUUUUCAACAGAGAAAAGGCACGACAAGAACAUAACAAAAUGCAGGAGAACUUGACGGUGACACAAACCAAAGACAACGAAGAAGAUGAUGACCAAAAUAAUAAUCUUUGAGAUCAAUGUAGUUUUUGCUCAGGUGCUGCUACUACCAAAAAGGGCAGGCUUUUUACUUUAGCUCAUGGAGCUUAGCAGAUAAAAUUGCACACUGCUUUCAAGACAAGGCAGAUACCUUGCUAAGGAACCUUGAGGCUAGAUGCUGAGUCUCUCUUCCCACCAUAAGGACUUGUGGCCUACAAUCCUGCAGAACUACUUAAGGCACAGAUUAUCGUCUUUAUGCCUGUUUAUUUUUCUAAGCUACUUGAGCAUUAACAGGAAAGAGUAUGCUCUUUAAGUACUGUGUAAAAGGCACUCCAAAUAGGGAAAGGUUAAGUCACUUUAUAGGUAUAAUUUCUGUUGAUAAAAUGUUAAAGUUGCUGAUAAUUGGGUUAAAUCCACUGCCUAUGGGAAAACGGUCUUCGCAGGGCUGCUAAAGGGGGUAGCUUCACAUUUUCUUAGAAGUUUUUUAAAAAAAUAGAGCCGAAUUAUAACUCUGCCUUAGGUUGCAAUAGACUUCAAAAUGAAAAUCAUUUUUAAAAUACUUGUAACUGAUUAUAUACAAUAUAUCAGACACAGAAUAAGAAGAAAUAUUUUUGCUGUGGGGGUUUUCCACUUAUUGGUACCUUUAAAUAAAGUAGUUCCUAAGAAUAUAUCCAGUAUAUCUUCAAAUUGGAAGGUCUGUGUGUACACUAUAUGAAUCAGGAAAUGGAACAAUGG